AUGGUUUUGCAUUGUAGGCUUCAGGACAGCAAUAUGGAUAUCGUGAAACUUUGCGGAGAACUGCCACAUCAAGUGUUCGAUUCCAAAGAAGAUAUUCAUGUGCCUGAAUUUCCAGAUCCUUUCCCAGAAGAGGAUGACUUUGGGGAGAAAUCGGCAGCAAAGAAGUGGUCACUGCGAGACGUCAGUCAUCAAGAAAUUCGGUAUUUCGAUAGAGAUGAAUUUCUUGAACAACGGAGUCGCCGCGGUAAAUUCAGAUCCUCAGAUAGUGAUGAUCCCUUGGGCCUCAGUAACACAGGACAUAUCAUCAUUCCCUAUGAGGAUACGUCGUUACUGAAUAACCUUCGUGGUUUAUCGACAAAAGGCGGUUAUGGUGGAAUUUUAGGCGCCUAUGCAAAAAGACACCUUCAGCGUAAAACGAUGCCUCUCAAACGUUUCAAUCGGGACAAAGUGGUGAAAGUUGGCUCGGCCGAAUUCGACCGCCGCACAAAAAACACUAUUUGGCUUCGUCUAGACAGGCCAGCUAACUACAUUGAAGCAGAUGAAUUUCUCCGAGAGCUGUCUGAGGAUCUGGAUAUCCGGCCACCGAUCGCGCAAUUUCAGCUUGAUAAAACUGGUCGCGUGUUGCUCUUUUUUGUGCCAUUCGAGACGGGACUUGUAGCAAGCGAUGUGACCUCCAUGAUGGGUUUUCUGCUGUCAAGUUUCCAUGCUGGGGGUGGCAUGAGUUGGAAAAUUUUCGUUAUUCUAAGUGGUUGCGGUGUUGACGCAGGUGAUAAUCUAAGUGAACCGGUGGCGGCUCCGCACACAGUCGCCAAAAUUGAGCAGCUCCCCGAGAUGGGCGAGAAUCCGAUGAAGGCCUUUCGUGGCGAAACUGGGGUCAGAUCCGCCAAAGACCAAGUCUCGCGUGUCGGCUUCAUUCUGGUGAUAGUUCUUUGCUCGCUCGCUGUGCUGGGGGCUGUGCUCCUGUUUGUCCAGUACAUCGUGCGUCGUCGCAACAAUGUGGGUGGUUUCGCGUCGAGCUCGAAAGCCAAGGGCUCAAGAAAGAUUUCAGAGCGACCUCUCAUGGCUUCCGGCUCGCCAUCUCAAAAUGCUUCAACUCACAACGAUUUCAGUGGAAACCAGUUGGAAGGUUCACCCACAUUAUCUAUUGGAUCUCCAGCACCCGUGCAGGAGACCGCUGGUCAUGACGUCAAACAGGGUGCAUUUCGACGACCGCUUGUUGGCACAGGUGGGUCGGAGGCUUCAACAGAGUCCAUGGGCACUUCGUCCAGCAGUCGCGUUGCCCAGUUAAAUAGCACCCCAACGUGGGGUGAUGAGCCUGUCCAAAUGACGCUGGAUGUCAGCACUGGACACCUAAUUUUGACCUACAUGGAGGAGCACCUUCGCAAUCGAGAUCGUCUUGACGCCGAUUGGGAGGAAAUCAGCACCUACGAGAGUGAAGAGGCCGUGCCUUGUGAGUGCGCACGAAGACCUGAGAACGUUCACAAGAACCGCGAAGGGUGCCCCGUUCCAUGUGAGUUGUGCCUGGCUCUAAGUUAA